UCCAGUUCCGGGUCGGGCCCGCAGCCGCCUCCCUCGGCCUCGGCCAUGGCGAGUAGUAGCGGCUCCGGGGCGGCGGGGGCGGCCGCGGCGGCGAAUCUGAACGCAGUGAGGGAGACCAUGGACGUUCUGCUUGAGAUUUCAAGAAUUUUGAAUACUGGCUUAGAUAUGGAAACACUGUCUAUAUGUGUGCGGCUUUGUGAACAAGGAAUUAACCCAGAAGCUUUAUCAUCGGUUAUUAAGGAGCUUCGCAAGGCUACUGAAGCACUAAAGACUGCUGAAAACAUGACAAGCUGACUUUCUGGAGAAGUCCUGAUGAGAUGUGUCAAGCUCUACAAGAGGAUUUGAGGAUUGCGUUGUAGUCAAGAACGAACAGUGAAGUUAUUGCAUGCAGCAGUGUAGGAAAGUUUCCCUUUUUUAAAGAAUUAUAAAACUAUGGCUUUAUAAAUCAGUGGAACGUAGCUUACAGAAAGAACUAUCAGGUGUGUUUACAUCUCAUCUCAUUCACUUUUUUAAACUACCCUAAUGCUUUGGCAUUGCAGUGUUCAUAUUUAUGUAUUCCUUAUUUAUAGCUCUGAUAGCUUUAAUUUUCUAAACAGUCUAUCUAUCAGAUGUGCACAUCUGCUGUGCCUGGUUGAAGUAUAGUGGAACCCAUCAGUAGAGAUGUGUAGCAGUUGACUUGUUGACAUUUCCAUUAUAAACUUUAAUUUUGAAUUGUUUUUGUGUAAUAACUGUGGAUUUAUGUUGUAUUGGGCUGAAAGUUGACAGGCUUUCAGCCACUAUUUGAGAAUUUUGAUUUAGAUUCAUUAUGUAUAUCAGAAUCUUGUUUUUUUUAAAAUCAGAGCAUUGAAAACAUUUAUUGUAAUCUGCUCUUUAACAAUAGUUAUUUUUUAAAACAGUUUUUGAGCAGAUAAUAAUGUGAACAAGACCAUUUUUGUAUUGAUUGAAAAAUAAAAUUUUUAGAAACUUAGAUUUUAAAAAUAAUAUUACUUAGCUUAGUAGUACUUAAUAAUUUGAAUCAUUUAACUCUAAUGAGAAUUGUAGUUAAGAAUGUUUUCUUUCUAGAUUUUAGACAUAAAUGAAGUUAUCCUAUAAAUUAAGGCCUAAAAAAAAAACUGUAUAAAGCAAAACAUAGCCAGCAUGCAAAAUUCCUUUUUACAUUUAUUACAUAAGAGUAAUUGGAAUGUUUACCGAAUAAAUCUUGAGUGGUUACUUAAUAAAUCACUAGAUGGGUGGUAUAUUUCAACAGAUAUUUAAUGAUUUCUGAAGAUUAAAGAUUUCUAGUCAUUAAGUAGAAAACUAAUCAAAUGUUCUGCAUCAGGAGUUCUAAGUAUUACAUUCUAAAGUCAUUUUGUGUCAUUAUUUUUACCCUUAAAGUUUUAACCAAUGAAAGUGAUAAUUCAAAAGUGAAUUUUAGGAAAUUUAUCAUUGUGUUGGUUCUGUUCCUGUAACAGAAUCUCAGUAGAAGUUUUUGCAAGACUAAUAUGGAUUGAAUCUGAUUUUAUUGUUUCCCAAAUUUUAUAUUUUGUUAAAUACCAUUUAAAUGAUAGUACAAGCAUUCCCUGUUACCAUUUUCUGUUGUUCCGACAAGCUGAUAUGGAUUUAAGAAAACUUUGUAAUUAAAUCGCAACUUUCUCUUAAUGUAGGCAUUUGACCAUUUUAACUUUUUAAAUGCAUAGCACUGAGUGGUCUGUCAUUGACAGAACAGUUUGGGAGACAGUAAGAACUUGUGACAAAUCAUUUGAUUGAUAAUAAACACUGCAAAUAACAACAUGUUGUUAUUUAAAAAAAUCAAAGAGAACACUUUUGUCCUACUCAAAAAUUUGUAUAUAUUUCUAGGCUGUAAGAAUUGGUAGUUUUAUUUAUGACUUUGUAGAUUAAGUUAUUUAUGUGUGAAAUAAUAGUGGGAAAAUAUAUUGAGGGAUUAUGUUUACAGAGGACUUCUUUAAUGUGUCACAUUUCUUAAAUGUAAACAUAUUUUUAAUGCAUACUUAAUAUUUAAGAAACUGAGCAAAAUUAUGAUACAAUUGCAGUGUUGUGCAUGUUGUCAAUGACUAAAAUAAAGCCAUUUUGGUGGUGUUGACAUUUA